GCGUUAUUAAUCUGGCACUGUAUCAAAUUAUGUUCUUCCUACAGUAGAAAAGUGUUUCGAAUCUUUUAUAACCAUUUUUUUUCGUAAAAAGAUUUGUUGAACACUACUGCUUACUUGCCUUUGUCCGAUUUGGAGGUUAUUAUAUUGUUUUCAUCCAGAAGGUUCCAGAAAGCUUCUUUUCCGCUUUCGGAAAUUACUUUUACUUAGAUGCUCAUCACCUCUGAGAUGUUCUGAUUCCUCGUGUUUUAAGAAAGCAUUUUUCAGACACAUCAAAAGCAAAUGCCGAAGUCAAAUAAAAAAGGCAGUAAAAGACUGAAGAUUUCAAGGAAAAAGAGGAAAACCAUCUUAGAAAUUAAAAUCGACAAAUUUUGUUCAGAUGAAGAAAAGUAUGCAGAUUUUUUAAAGCGAUCAAGUAUGUGGAUGACGCAAAAUGAGGAGCAAUUGAGAAGUCUUCUUCAUUUAACUGUUCAGUACUCAGAUAUUAAUUUCACUUAUGAUGAUUUCAAGGCUGCUCUAUUAUCGCUGAACUGUCCGUUCACGAAACUGGAACUUGAUGUAAUUACAAGACUACUGGAUAGAGAUAAGAAUGGAUUCAUUGAAUACGAAGAUUUAGCAUCCAGUCUGAUAAGUUUAAGUAUUAAAGAUGGAGCUUUGAAAAUAAAGAACAUUGAGAAAAUAGAAAAAUCUGAAAGAGGAUGGGUUGUUUGUAAGUUCCACUGUUUGAAUUGCAUAAAUAUACAUGAUAGUCCACUACAUUUCGAGCGAAUAAUUCAACUGAACACAUUCACUGAAGGUCUAGUGAGUAUGAUUCGUCAAGAAACUUUGUUGUGGUUGCCAAAAAUUUCCAUCUUUUUGAGUGCAAAUGAAGAACCUGAGAGUGAACUACAAACAGAAUUAAUGUUGAGUGACUAUGACUUAAAAAGUGGUGCAAAAUAUGACGCACCACAACUGGAUUUGUUCUAUAGACCGAUUGGCAAGGUGUUAUCCAAUGAUUCCUGUACAGACAAAUUGUCUGAUGUGGGAGAGACGUUACAAGCAGAUCCUAUUUUAUGGUCCAAACUUGUUACUGAAAAUACCAAGUUCCAUGAAAAAUCGAUUAAAUUUGAGAAGCUACUUAUUCUUCUUAAUAGUAAUCAAAAUGCCUCAGCUUAAAAAACUUCACUUAUAAAUGUUAAUGUUUGUAUUAAAUAGUUUAUUCACAAAUAAUUAUCGAUACUAUCCUGAUUUAUGUAACUGCAUCUAACAUCUUUGUAACAGUCAAAUUGAAUGAAAUCAUGAUUUCACAAUAUCGUUAAAUUCUGAUCGAGUGAAUUUCGUAAAUAAACUGCAUUACCUGAUAUUUCAUAAUUUGAUGAUGCUUUAAUCGUUGAUGUACGCAAGAUGCAGAGUUAUCAAAAGUCACAACCCAUAUUACAAGUUUAUCAUCUCAUUUUGAGACUUCUCUUCAUUAUGCAUUUCCUACACCAUAACGAAGGUGAAAUUAUAUAUCUCCAGAAAAACGCAAUGAGGGCACACCGAUAAAGUCGAUUUGUAGGAUAACUCUUAUCUAAAGUUUCCGAAUUCAGUUAGUUUGAAUUACUGCACAACUAUCACCUACUGUUACAUUCAGAAUGAACAGAGCAAAUGGAUAGUUGAUGGUAACCUACAGCGCUCCUUGAAAUCGAGGGAAGUUAAUCAACAGGAGUAGCCUAAUGUUGUGUAAAUAAAAAGAACGCGAUUUAAAAAAUUGAAUAACCUAAGAAUUUUAAGUUAUGUCCGUUUGUAUGACCUACCACAUUAUAACUUCUUCUUAUAAUCCUCCAGUGAUGAUUUUAUAAGACUGAACCUUUUUAGUGUGUUAUUUUGAGUAUCUUUCACCCCUUAUUCAACCUAUUUAAUAAACUUUUAAAUCAGAAACAUUUCACCCCCUACAAAGUCGUAAACAAUGAGGAAUAAAUGGAGAACACUAGUUCAGAAAAACUUAAGUUAUGGUUUUUUAAUCAUUAAAAUAUAUUUAUACAUUUGUACAUUUAUUCAAGAGAAAUUCAACUACAGAACGUAAGGAACGCAUGGAUACUAUGAAUAAUAAAAAAUUUAA